AGAAAUCAGAGAGUAUAAAAUCCCUCGGCUAGUCUGCACUUGGUCAGAGUAAAGCUCGACAGACAGGCGCGCGCUCUCUCCCCGCCUUCCCUCGCGCUCGAAUAGUAAAGUGCACUCUGAAUCAGAUCAGGAUGAUGCGAUCUGCACUGCUUCUCGCUGCAGUCAUAUACUGCUUAGUCUGCAUUCAUUCUCUACCGGUACCAGACGGAAACAGCCACAGGUACAAACCUGCAGCGGACUGGCCUCAAAAGACCCAUCACCAUGGCCUGAAGAAGAGGGGCCGGCUUCAUCACAUUCAGGACACCCUGAGUGAAGACUCUAGCAAUAAAAGAGUACUUCCACACUCGACUCUUCCCAAGAAUGACACUGAGUUCUGGAACAGACCUCGCUGUGGAGUCCCAGACUACCCCUCACAGAAGGAAGGGAGCGUCCUUAAUUACUCAACCCUCAAAGGAGGUUUGCUUGGGGGCCGUCAUCGCCAAAAACGCUUUGAUUUGUUCGGAGGACGCUGGGACAAAACAGACCUCACAUACAAGAUCAUGCGGACGCCUUGGCAGCUGAGUUUAGAGAAAGUCAGACAUGUGCUGAGAGAGGCACUGCAUGUCUGGAGUGACGUCACCCCUCUCACCUUUACUGAGGUCACCAGUGGCCGGGCGGAUAUCAUGAUUGACUUUAACAGGUACUGGCAUGGAGACAAUCUUCCUUUUGACGGCCCAGGAGGAAUUCUGGCUCAUGCCUUCUUUCCCCGAACUUACCGAGAGGGAGACAUUCACUUUGACUAUGAUGAGACUUGGACAGUGGGCAACAGUAUGGGUACUGACCUCCUCCAGGUGGCUGCUCAUGAGAUCGGUCAUGUUUUAGGAUUGCAGCACUCCAUGGCACCAGGCGCAGUGAUGUCGCCUUUCUACACUUUCUCCUACCCACUCAAAUUGAGUGAAGAUGAUAAGCGAGGUAUACAGUCUUUAUAUGGAUCCAGACACACAGAUGAUAAAGUAAAGACGGAGGAGAGAACUCCUAAGGUCACAGAAACAAAUGAGAUUGAAAGCACAGUGCCUGAUGCUUGCCAAACUGACUUUGAUGCUGUAUCUAUGAUCCGAGGCGAGCUGUUUUUCUUUAAGUCGGGUUAUGUAUGGCGGAUCCGUGAUGGUAAACUCCAGACUGGAUAUCCUGCACUGGCAUCCAGGCACUGGAGAGGAAUCCCAGGUGACAUUGAUGCUGCUUUUGAGGACAAAUCUGGAAAUAUCUGGUUCUUCCAAGGCCAGAGUUACUGGGUUUUUGAUGCAGAGCGGCAGAUCACAGGGCCGGACUCUGUACGAAGACUAGGUCUAACAGUGACUGACAUCCAGGCCGCCCUCAUGUGGGGAGAAGAUAAGGCCCAGAAGAUCUACUUCUUCAAAAAAGGAAGCUACUGGCGAUUCAACCUGAAGGAAAACCGGGUAGACUCGGUCCACCCUCGCAGCAUGAGGGACUGGAGGGGCGUUCCUGAUGACAUCGACGCUGCUUUCCAGGACCGAUUUGGCUUUGCCCACUUCUUGAGAGGGAAGCAGUACUGGAAGUUCGACCCAGUAGAAGUGAAGGUGCUGGAGGGAUACCCACGAUAUAUUGGCAUGGAUUUCUUUGAUUGUUCUGCAGCCCUGUAUCGAUGAACCACUGGUACAACUAUGUAAUGCUGAUCUUUGGCACGCAACUAGUGUAACAGGCAGUUUCCACAUGUUUAACUUUAAACCAAACUAGGUCUGGUGUUUUUAUUUAUAUCACGCAAAGUGUCAGAUGGACAGUCUCUAAAUCAGACCACUGGAUCAAAUUAUUAUUAUUUUUUGUGUGGAUUCAGUCUGUGGCUACAUCUGCGCCAGUUAACCAUAUUGCUGGGUCUUCUCAUCUGCAAAACAAUGACUCUCAUUUCUCAGGAAAAGCAGGAAAUUCUGGCCUUAAAAUAUUUUUCGUAUACAUUUUGUGUACUUGGUUAUUUAUUAUUUGUAUAUUUUUGGCAGUAUUGAUAGUGUUAGGAAAACAUCACGGCCCUUCUUUUUGAGAAAUACCAUAUUGUGCCAUUAGUGACGUGCCGUUGAUUACCACAGAAGACCAUUUUGUUUUUAAAAACAAGAAAAGAUUGCAUUAAACCUAAUGCACUUACAGUGGAAAUAUAUAAGGCAAGUCAUUUAAAACAGAAACUUUACUGAAGGGCAUAAUGAUAACUUUUAGUACAAAUGUAGGUGACAGAAACUUGAGGUAAACAUCUACAUCAAAUAUUAAAGCGUCCUAAAAACCAACAAUUUAGUUCUCAGAGCAACAAUGUAACAAUUUAGAGAUUACUGAACAUGUUGUAUUUCAUUUGAAGCUUUGAAAGGCCUGGGCUUUAAAGUGUAGAACCGUGAUGCUGUACUUUCAGUAUUUUGGGACUUCCGUUAAAUUUGAAUGAGAAAUGGCAAUUUGACGUGACACAAGUGACCUUUGGGACUAACUAUCAAUGUGAACGUCCAUUUAUGCUUAACUUAAGUCUGUAAGAGACUUAUGUAGACCUGCUUUGCAAUAGUGAUAAUGUAUAUUUUACAGUGCAGGUCACUGAUGCUGUUCACGUGUAUCUAAUUAAACGUUUUGCAUAGUGUGGCUACUGAGGAAUAUAAUCCUUAUAGCAUCAUAGUGAUGGCUUUCUAUCCUGGGAAGCUGUACACUUCUCAUUCACUGUUUUUAUAAUGUUUGUCAUGUAAUCGAAUCUUUCUAUUGAUAUUGUUUUUUAAUGAUCAAUUUACUGUGUAAAUGUUUUGUAAAAUAAAUGUGUAUUUUAUUUUCAGCUCCAAUAAAAACCUCUUUGGUUAUUGUACUCUGAA